UGAAAGUGUAUCAUUUCAGUUUGCUAGCGUUUAUAAAGCCGCGUAUUACUAAAUUAUCCUUAUUUAUAAAUGUUGCGGUGCUUUCAUGUUCUGGAUGUUAACCAUUAACAAGUAGUUUUGAAGAUGAAUUACGAUCUUAGUUCCGGCAAAGGCUAUGCUGUGCUGCUGGUGUAUGAGAAGUUUAAACAUGCCAACAACAGGAAAGGAGCUGAUAUAGAUUUAAAAAACAUGCAAGAUAUAACAAAAGCUCUGGGGCUGGAGCAGAUCAACCAAGAUAAUGACAAAAACCUUACAAGAGUCGACACCCUGAAAGUACUGAAAGAUGCUUACAGUUUAAUAACAGAAAAUGACUGCCAGAUGUUCGUUUUCAUGAUCAGCACUCAUGGCAAAGAAUUACCAAACCCGGCUGCUAGUGGUCAGAAGGACCAUGCUUUGUCCUGUUCUGAUGAUGAAAUGAUUUUUCUGAGCACAGAUGUUGUAAAGAUGUUUAGUGAGCACAAUUGUCCAAUAUUGAAGGGCAAACCAAAACUGUUCUUCAUUCAGGCAUGUAGAUCUAUUGACCCCACAUGGUAUAUGGUGAAGGGAACAGAAAUGAUGUAUCCUGAUUGUCGAAUGCACAUUACCGAAGAUAAAACAAAGGUUUCUGUUGUGAGAAAGAAAGAUACCACCUCCAAGACAGAGCAGUUCAUUGAUGUACAGGACAUAGCCCAAAUCAACACUUCAAAAAAUUCGGACAACAUAAAAGAACCAAGGGAAUUCCAUUUGGUUUUAAAGGGUGGGAAAGGGAAAGAAGAAUUCAUUGCAAGUACUCAGGACCAUGCAGACGCCUGGGUUAUUGGUCUUUGUGAUCUUAUGAUACCUGACGAUAGUAUUUCAAGAGUUUCUGCACGGCGGAUAAAGAAGGAUGGCAACGAAGAAGAUGGACUGUUGAUGCUUAAGAAGCGCUGGGAACACAUUUUGUGGAAAUGCUCGAGUCACGUGACUGGGGUUGAUGGUGGAACAGGAAACCAGACAAUUGCAGAUUCACUGGCCAUUGCAACAGCUAAUAAAGAUGAGACCGAGGUAGAUGCUAAGGGCAGGAACGAAAGUGCAAGCAAAGUUUUAGGAUUUACAAGCCCCUUAUCGGACAAUUACAAACACACAGGAACCAAGAACGUCGUAUUGUCUUGUGAGACAUUUAGUCAGGAAGUGAAAUGGGAAAAAGAUGGUAAACUCAUACAUUCAACAACUAGAGUCAAGAUUGAGGAUAAAGAAAAGGUACAUCAGCUGACAUUCGCCGAGCUGGAGUAUGGUGAUUCUGGGAUCUAUAUUUGCAGCAACACAGAUGAGAAGUUAACAAGGAUAUCACUCAUCGUAGGAGGUUUCAAAAAACCCUUACAGGACAUAUACACCAAUACAGGAACGAAUGAUGUCAUCUUGUCUUGUGAGAAUAAUAUUCAAAACGUGAAAUGGGAAAAAGAUGGGAAGCCUAUUGUGUCCAAAGAUGGGAAGCCUAUUGAGUCCACUACUAGAGUCAAGAUCGAGCCGAAUGAGUUCGUACAUCAGCUGACGUUCACAGAGGUGGAGUAUGGUGAUACUGGGACCUAUACGUGCAGCUCCUCUGAAAGGUGGUCAACAAGUGCAUCACUUAUCGUAGGAGGCUUCAAAAAACCCUUACGGGACGAGUACGCCAAAACAGGAGCCAAAAAUGUCAUAUUUUCUUGUGAGACUUAUAGUCCAAACGUGAACUGGGAAAAAGAUGGGAAACCUAUUGGGUCCACUACUAGAGUCAAGAUUGAGCAGAAAGGCUUCGUACAUCAGCUGAUAUUCACAGAGGUGGAGUAUGGUGAUACUGGGAACUAUACGUGCAGCACACCUGAAGGUCGGACAACAAGUUCAACACUUAUCGUAGGAGACUCUUUAACUCCGAAAAAAUGGUCAUGGUCAGCGAGCAAAAGAGUGUUUACAACAAGCUGUUUGGAUGGAAGUGAUUUAGUUAUUGAAUCAAACAACUUGGAGGAAACUGAGCAGGGAGACAACUGGUUUAAUAAACUGACUUAUGCCAUGUACAAUCAAAGCUAUGGAAAAGAUGAGGGGAUCACGCUCCAGACCAUAACAUCUACAAAAAUCCAAUCUGGUGGCGAAACAAAGCAAGAUGGCUAUGGGAAAGAUGAGGGGAUCAAGCUCCAGACAAUAAAAUCUACAGAAAUCCAAUCUGGUGGCCAAAAAAAGCAAGAUGGAGAUAUGGAAAGUGAUUCAAAGCCAGGCAAUGACACGGGGCCAAUGACUCCUCAAACUACACAAGGUACGGAAAGUGAUACAAAGCCAGGCGCUGACGCGAAGUCUUUGUCUCCUCAAACUACACAGGGUGUUACCGACAGCCGGCAGAAUAUAAUCGCCCCGAUACCGCGCCUGGUGGAGUGCAACAGAGAUAUGCUGAUGAUGUUCGCGGCUCUUUCUGGCAAGAUCGCCUGGCGGAGCAAGGCAGAAGGCUCCUGGCUCUUUGCAUGUGUAAUUAAAGCACUUAAUGAGCAAAAGCAGAACGACGCACCAGUGGAUCUAAUGUCAGUGUUGACCACUGCAACAGGCACAAUGGCUGAGAAAGAAGCACAAUUCAAAGGGAGUUGGAAAGCUGUUCCGGUCAUUGAGCACCGGCUGCUAAAAGCACUUAUUUGUAAAGUUCAACAUUUAGAAAGUGUCAACAAUGAUUAAGGGUAAAUGGUCAACAUUUCCUAACGGUCAACAUUAUAUAAGGGUCUUUAUGUAAGGGUUAACAUUUUUUAAGGGUCAACAGCGAACAUUGUUUAGGGUUCAAUGUUCAACAUUGUUUAGGGUUAACAGCUAUCAUUGUUUAAGGUUUAAUGGUCAACAUUGUUUAGGGUUAACAGCCAAAAAUGUUUAAGGUUAAUGGUCAAAAUUGUUUAGGGUUAAAAGCCAACAUUGUUUAAGGUUAAAUGGUCAACAUUGUUUAGGGUUAACAGCCAACAUUGUUUGGGUUUAAUGGUCAACAUUGUUAAGGGUUAACAGCCAUCAUCGUUUAAUGUUUAAUGGUCAACAUUGUUUAGGGUUAACAGCCAACAUUGUUUAAGGUUAAUGGUCAACAUUGUUAGGGUUAACAGCCAACAUAGUUUAAGGUUUAAUGGUCAACAUUGUUCAGGGUUAAAAGCCAACAUUGUUUAAGGUUAACAUUUUGUGAGUGGCAACGUUGUUUAAGGGACAACAUCUUUAUUACAAUCCUCAGUUAAUAAAUCCAAUGUAAAUGAUAAUAAGUAUCUUUUCUGAAGGUUUUCUGAAGAUGUUAAGAAGACUAGUGUAGUUUGGCACUGGCAGCAGCAUGUUGAUAAAAAUAAAGGUGGAUUGUUUUUUGCUUGAACAGAACUAGAUAUGAUUGCAAAAUAUAAUGCACAUUCAAAUGGUUGAAACAAAAACAGUGUACGAGUAGCGUUUUCAGUUGAUAUUUAAAAUGCGAUAAUUUAUUUAUUAUAUUGUUCUCUAGCUGGUAACUAAAAUGGAAAUUAUAUAUUAUUAUGGAAUUAAUUGUUCAGUAUAUAGAAUGAUGCAGAUCUGAAAAUAUUAAUGUAAAUAGAAACCUAGAGGCGUAUGAGUUUAAGCCUUUUGAUUUUGAAAAUAUUUGAACUAUAACGAUGAAUAUAUCUAUUAUUAGCUUAUAAAUUGCUAUUUUUUAUGACAAACGACUGUAAAAUUGCAGAUGUAUGUUUCACUGCUUGUGUAAGCAUAUCGUCAGCAUAUUGUAUAAAUAUUAUUAACAGAUUAUACGCAUAUUGCCUAAUGUAUUUAAAAUAAACUAAAACUCCAGAAAUGAAAUAAUAAUAAUGUUUAGACUGAAAAUAACUCUAAUAAUUUUGUUAAUGGAAGAAACAUACUUUAUGGUAAUGAUGUACCAAGAGUUUAAUUACCAAAAAAGGUCGGGAAAAAUAGCUUUUUAUGUCGUGACUUGUCAACCUUUAUAACAGUGAAUUAUAUUCAAUGUGAGAUGUGCUGUAUAUCACACGUCCAGCGAGUCCAAAAUUCGGUUUUGAAUGUUUUAGGGUUCAAAAGGCACCAGUCUUAUCAUUGACUUGCGUACAAUAAGGAAACAGGUCUUUAACAGAAUACGCACAGAAGUGUAAAAAGAAUGAACUCAUAUUAUUAUUUUAACACAUAUCUAUAACUGAAUAGUUGUAUUUUAAGGACGUCAGAAAAUUAUGUAAGGCCUAUUAUAAAGGAAAAAAAUAUCCCUAAAAUAGCAGGGUUCAUUCCCUUCAUACCAUUGUAAAAAAAAACCCAUCAAGAAUGUCAUUUGUAUGUUUAUGACUUUAAAAAUGUAACUGUGUUAUUGAAUAUUGCUUUGUAACAAAUUUGUAGACUGUGAUCGCUGAAGUUAUCUUUUUUAUCUAAUGUAAGAGAGGACAUCGUUUGCUUGGCCCACUUUAGUUAAUUUUACAUAAGCAUGGGAUGUUUUUUUACAAUUAUGAAUAGAACCAUUUUUGUUCAAGAAAUACACAGAGUUUUAUGGCGACUGGAGUUAUAAUUGUUAUACUUUUUAUAAUGUUUAGUAUAUUAUACAUAAUGGGCCGAUCGUUCGCAACUUUGUCAAAAGUCACAGCUUGAGUAUCGAGAUUGCUGUUAACUUUAAAACUGGAAAUAUUAGACCAUGCGCUCACAAAUGUAAAUAUAAACGAGUAUAGCUGAAGCAUUUGUCUUAAAUCUUGUUAGAAAUACUGCAUAUCACUAGUUUAUCACUUCUAGAGCAGGAAAGAUUUUAAGAUAACAACGAUGACAACGAGUAACAACUUUGUUCCCUUUAACAAAGCUCUGAACAAUCGGCCCAUAGAUUGUUAACUUUGUGCCCAUGCAUAUCGGAUCAUAUUGUUAAAACAUGUUUAAUGUCUUUGGAACUGACCUUGAAUUAUAAAACUGAAUGUAUAAUGCUUCCAUUAUGAUAAUUUACGCUUAAAUAUGUUGAUAUUUUGUAUAAAAGUAUUACACUCUAGAUAAUGUUAAAUUGUAUAAGUAAUUGUUUAUCUUAUAGUAGUCUAGGCUGCUCAGUUAUCAUAUCAUAUUACUAUUCUAUGCAAUAUGUGUGUUUCUUAAUUUUGUGAUGUGUUAAUUUAUGGUGAUUGGCCUUGAUUCAGCUACAUUUAAGUUAUUAUAUAAUAAAUAAAACUGUAUUAAACACCCAAUAUAUAUGCUUUAAAUGUUAAUAAUAGGUAUUGAUGAAGGCUUUAAAAUAAUGGUUUUCUUUGGAGAAGUUGUUAUUCAUAUAACGUAUAUUCAUAUUUUUGUUAAUUGUACGCUUGUUAAUCAAAUAAUAAACUAUUUAC